CAAUGAUCUUAUAAUCAUAGGGACGCGCGCUGAAUAAUUUUAUCAUUCCUAAUUGUUUAGCAAGCACCUGCUCACCAACCCUAUAAUGUAUAGCCCCUAAACUAAACCAUAUAACAGCAAAUCCAAUACGUAUAUAAUAAGUGCACUAUUUUGAUUAAUCACCACUCAAAACAAAUCAUAGCUUUGCUAAUCCUAAUCCUCUCUCUCUCUCUCUCUCUCUCUAUAUAUAUAUAUAUGUAUAUACUGCUCUCCAGCAAAUGAUACAAAGAUAUCAUCAGUGGACUUCCAACAGACCCCACAGUUGCCUAAACCACCAGAACCCUCCAUUACAAAACCCAAAAUCUUUGAUCAUAUUGUAGCCAUUUUCAAAUAUGUCAAAAUCAAUCACCUUUAUUUUCUUCUUUCUCUUUCUUUAUUCAGUUUCAUCAGUUCAAUCAAUUCCUCCAUCUUCAGACAUCCUUGCCCUUCAAGCUUUUAAAGCUGCCAUUAAACCUUCAUCUAUCCCUUCAUAUUCUUGUUUAGGUUCUUGGAAUUUCACCACCGAUCCUUGUGCUGUUCCUCGUGUCACCCAUUUUACUUGUGGACUUUCUUGUAGUUCUGGUAACAGAGUCACUGAACUUACUCUUGAUCCUGCUGGUUAUGCAGGGACACUUACUCCAUUAAUUUCUAAGUUAACUCAGCUCGUUACUCUUGAUCUUCAGAACAACAAUUUCUAUGGACCAAUUCCUUCGUCUUUGUCUUCUUUGCCUAAUCUCAAGAACCUGGUUCUUCGUCUCAAUUCAUUUUCUGGUUCGGUACCGCCAUCAGUCACUUUCCUGAGUUCUUUAGUAUCACUUGAUCUUGCUCAUAAUUCGAUCUCUGGGCUACCAAAUUCGAUGAAUAAGUUAACUAGCUUGAGAAGAUUUGAUGUCAGUUACAAUAAGCUUACUGGUUCACUACCAAAAUUGCCUCCGAAUCUACUAGAACUUGCAGCAAAGGGAAACAUGUUAUCUGGGUCACUUUUAAAGUCUUCUUUUUAUGGGUUAAAUCAGCUGGAAGUUGUGGAGCUAAGUGAAAACUUUUUGUCUGGAACUAUUGAACCUUGGUUCUUUCAGUUACCGGCACUACAACAAGUUGACAUGGCGAAUAACAGCUUUACACUUGUCCAGAUCUCAGCGGUGGUAAGUUCAAACAGUGACCUCGUCGCUGUUGAUUUGGGUUUCAACAAACUCGAAGGAAAUUUACCUGUAAAUCUCGCGGUUUUUCCUCGAUUGUCUUCGUUGUCUUUGAGGUACAACAAGUUUCGUGGGCCAAUUCCAUGGCAAUACAGUAGAAAGGCAACGUUGAAUAGGCUGUAUCUUGACGGGAAUUUCUUGAAUGGGUCGCCGCCGGCGGGAUUUUUCGGGCGGCAAACGUCCGUGACGGGGAGUUUAGGGGAUAAUUGUUUACAAAAAUGUCCGAUAUCUUCGCAACUUUGCUUAAAAUCACAGAAACCUACGUCGAUUUGUCAGCAAGCUUAUGGUGGGAAACCAAAGUCUUAGUUGUGUCAGUCCAUGUUUCUGAGAUUUUUUUUGGUUUUCAUAUUGUAAUAGUUGGAGUAUUAUUAUAUUCUUUAGAUAAGAAAAAUCCCAUUUUGGUAUUUUGUUAUGCUCAUUUGUAUAGUGUAUAGUACUAUGAUAAUCUUGGCAAUUUCAGUGCCAAAAUUUGCAUUCUA